AUGCCUUUCACCAUCCUACCGCCAGCGCCCGCCGCUACCCUACCAGCCGUGUCGAGAGACGACGAUGAAUAUGAUUCUGAAGGCGACACGAGUAUGGGCGGGCUCGAUGGUGGGGUAUCGCUGACGCCCAAGACACAUUCCAACUCGAUUGUUACGCCUGGCGAGCUGGUCACGGACGACGUGCAAUGGAUGCGCGGCCAUGGAACCUACGUUCCAAACGACUCCACUACAAUACUUAGUACUGUUGCCGGCACCGUGCUAAAAACGAAUAAACUCCUUUCCGUCGUACCCCUCCGUGCUCGAUAUACUCCCGAGAUUGGCGAUUUGGUCAUUGGUCGCAUCGUCGAAGUUCAAUCCAAAAGAUGGCGGGUCGAUGUUGCCGGACCCUUGCUUGCUUCGCUUCCCUUGUCCGCUAUCAAUCUCCCAGGCGGUAUACUUCGCCGAAGGACUGCUGUCGACGAGCUCAACAUCAGGACGUUCUUCACGGAGGGAGACUUGGUAGUUGCAGAGGUUCAGACUAUACAUGGAGAUGGCGCGGCCUCACUUCAUACGAGGAGCUUGAAAUACGGAAAAUUGCGCAACGGCUACUUUAUUAGUGUGACCGGUACUGGUGGUAGUGGGGGCAAGAGCGGUGGAGUAGCGAGGUCUAGAAGACAGCUCUUCACACUGACUACGGCGCGUGGUGGAGGCGAGAUUGAUGUCAUUCUGGGAGUAAACGGAUACAUUUGGAUCUCGAAACACGUGGAGCCGGUUGCCGCCGGGAAGGAUGUCAGCAUCACGCGAAUUGAGGAAAGCAUCAGCUCAGAGAUCUACUCGAGCCAGAAUGAUGAGAUUGGCAUGGAGACGAGGAAAGAGAUAUCGCGGAUUGCAGGAAUCAUAAGAGCGCUGGUAGAGGGUGGAGUGCGGGUGGAUGAAGAGAUUGUCGUCAAAGCAUACGAAGCCAGUAUCGAAAUGGACUUUGAUUCUGGCUUCAAGGAGGAAGACCAGUCGAGCGACUUCAUGGGUGGUGAUAGGGGGAAAAGGAUCGUUGCACUGGCUCUUGCAGCCUGA